AUGAUCAUGCUCAAGAAUAUGAGCAAACUGUGCAUAACACUGGCCAUCAGUGCCGGUGCUUGUGUAGCGGCUACCGACUCCAAACCCCUUGUCGCCUCUGCUGGUGAUAUUGCUACUAUCCCAGGAUGGUACCUCCAAUCGUCGACCAAAGUAUCAGGUGGGAUGGAUGUACUCUCCGCACCAGGGAAAGAUGUCUCAUCAUGGUAUCGGGUUGGUGCUCGUGGCACUGUCAUGGCUGGCCUUAUUGAAAAUGGGGUAUACAACGAGACAGACUUGUUCUACUCGGACAACAUGGAAUCCGCCGCUGAUCCCUCCAUGUUCGAUGCACCAUGGCUUUACCGAGAAGAGUUUACAUUGAACCCAUCCACGGGACAAUAUUUUACCCUAAAGACACACGGUAUCACAUCCAAGGCAGACGUCUAUCUGAACGGAGUGCUCAUUGCAUCAAGUGACCAACAGCAAGGCACCUAUGGCGGCCACCAGUACAACAUGACCGAGCAUGUUGAGGAUGGAGCCAAUUGUCUACUCAUUCGCGCGUACCCAACGAACUACCUUCGUGAUUUUGCCCAGGGGUUUGUGGACUGGAAUCCAUACCCAGCCGAUAAUGGCACCGGCGUUUGGCGAAAUGUGGAGGUUUCUCAGACUGGUGCGGUCUCGAUGUCGCCAUUCCGCGUCCUCACCGAUUUUACUCACUCUACCUCUGAGCCGGUGAAGGUCACCCUUCGAACUGAUUUGACCAACCACGAAUCAAUUGGCCAUCAGGUGACGAUUAAAGGCACUAUCAAAGGGCCAGAUGGCUCCGCAACUGUGCAGAUUAGCGAGACAUUUGAUCUAAGGUCGAACGAAAAAAAGACGGUGUCUAUAAGUGUGCCAAUCGAGGACCCUGAUAUUUGGUGGCCUGCCAUUUGGGGUGAACAGCCUUUAUACACAGUACAGGCUAGCGCCAUCAUCCAGAAACCCGAGAAGUUGGUGUCAGAUAGUUCAAUCCCUCAACAAUUCGGAAUUCGCCAUGUGUCAUCGAAGUUGAACAACCACAAUGAUACCGAAUUCUAUGUCAAUGGCGAGCCUUUCCAGGUCAUCGGAGCUGGAUAUGGGCCGGAUAUCUUUUUGCGAUUCGAUAUUGACCGGGUACAGAAGAUUUUCGCCUACAUGCUGGACAUGGGGCUCAAUACUGUGCGCUUGGAGGGAAAACAGGAGCACCCCGAACUUUAUGACCUCGCAGAUAAAAUGGGGAUGAUGGUCCUGGCGGGAUGGGAAUGCUGUGAUAAAUGGGAGGGAUGGUCGUACAAUGACGAGGCCGACGGUGUCAAAUGGGGAAAAGCAGACUACCCGGUUGCGAAAGCAGCAAUGUUGCACGAGGCAGAGAUGAUGCAAAGCCAUGCUUCAAUGCUUGGAUUUUUGGUGGGCUCAGAUUUCUGGCCAAAUGAGCAGGCCGCCGAGACCUAUCUAGAUGCCCUAAAAGUUAUGGAUUGGCCCAACCCAAUCAUUGCAUCAGCCAGCAAGCGUGGCUACCCCGAAGCCCUUGGACCAUCUGGAAUGAAGAUGGACGGCCCAUACGACUGGGUACCCCCGAAUUACUGGUACAAUGACAAAGAAGGAGCAGCAUUUGGCUUUGGAUCUGAAUUGGGCGCCGGAGUUGGAACCCCCGAGAUGGGCAGCCUGAAAAAGUUCAUGACUGAUGACGAGCUGGAAACUCUCUGGAAAGAACCAAAUGCAGACCAAUAUCAUAUGUCCCGCUAUGAUUCGCAGUUCUACGACCGGAAGCUCUACAACAAGGCUCUCUUUGCCCGAUACGGAAAGCCUACUAGCCUGGAAGACUACAUCAUCAAAAGUCAGAUGGCAGAUUAUGAGGCCACCCGAGUCCAGUUUGAAGCUUACGGAGCAAAGCAAAAUGCCACUCGACCUGCCACAGGAGCUAUUUAUUGGAUGUUAAAUAGUGCCUGGCCAAACCUGCAUUGGCAGUUGUUUGAUUACUAUCUCAGCCCUAUGGCAGCCUACUUCGGCACCAAGGUUGGAGCACGCACGGAACAUGUGGCUUAUGAUUAUGAGAGCCAUGAAAUUUGGCUCAUUAACCACUCGCUUGACAAGAGCGGAAACCGGCAAAUCAUGGUAGACUUCAUUGAUGCAGAUGGCAAAGAAAUAUCCGGGGCCACAGUGGAGAGCAAUACAACGCCCCAUUCCUCAAAGGUGGUAGCUUCGCUUGCCGGAAUUAAGAAAGUCAAAGAUAUCGGCUUCCUUCGUCUUACGCUCAGCGAUUCAAAAUCUCAAGCUGUCCUUAGCCGCAAUGUUUACUGGCUCUCUCCUACCACCGAUGUCUUGAACUGGCCAAAGUCUAACUGGUACACCACACCAGUUACGAAGUUUACCAAAUACACCAAGCUGGAGACACUGAAACCGGCUACUUUGAAGGCUUCACUGCACAGCGUGGAGUCGCCAACAGACGAUGGUUUGACUCAUGCCGAGGUCGUGCUCGAAAACCAAUCUGUAGGACCUGCAGUUUUCAUUCGUCUGAAUGCUAUAAAUACCUCCGAAAACGCGGAGAUUGCACCGCUUUAUUGGUCUGACAACUAUGUAACUCUUUGGCCGAAAGAACAACUGCGGUUGACUGUUGCAUUUGAAGGAGAUAUCAAGAAUACUCUGAUCGAAAUCACAGGAAGAAAUGUGGAGAAAGUGACUGUCAGGGCUUAG